UCUCCAAUAUAUUGCGAUUCCAUAGCUAUAGAUAACUCAUAUUAUACUGUGUCACAAUGCAAAAGUACGUCCCUCUAGAAGGACCGGUCACAAUCUUCGAUUGAAGUCAAUGUAGAGCAUGUUUUCAUAAUGUGAAGAAUAUGUUUUUGAGUGGAGAUUUUUGGCAAGAUUCUCGAAAAGUCUCGACAAAGAUGGAGAUUUGUUUGUCACCGACUGAUGGUUGUAGCUUUCAAAUGGUUACAUCAGUACUUCAUUAGAAAAGAAACACACGGGUACCGGGAUCGAUCAGAAAUGUUUCCCCCACCCCAGACCCGAUGAUGUGGAGCCCCGAACACGUGCGUCAGUGGCUCCACUGGGCCAUCAAGGAGUACAACCUGCAGGGCGUGGAGCCGGCACGGUUCGACAUGGACGGGAAGGAGCUGUGCAGGCUGCAGAGGGACGACUUCGUCAGGCUCACCAACGUGCAUAACGGAGACGUGCUCUUCGCACACCUGCUCUUCCUCAGGCCAGCUAUGCACCAACCCGUACAGUUGGACGGCUUUGCGUACACACCGCCAUCUCCGAGACCCUCUCCUAAUGACCCGUCGUACGAGUGCCUGAUGAGAGAGCGGCAGGCGGCGGGGGGAUGGAACGCGCAGGCAGGCUCCGCAACCACGGAGAAAGACUUCACAGCGCCGUCUAUCCACUCCGUCACCAAGCCCGUAGUCGAUGUAGCCAGUGUGCAUGCUCAGACAAGGAACAUGCAAGUGACCGACCCGUACCAGCUGUUUGCACCCAUCACCAGUCGACUGUGUAGCCAAGGUACGUACAGCACUGCUUUCCUCAACAGUCACAUCAACACACAUGUAACCAUGGUACGUACAGCACUGCUUUCUUCAACAGUCACAUCAACACACAUGUAACCAUGGUACGUACAGCACUGCUUUCUUCAACAGUCACAUCAACACACAUGUAACCAUGGUACGUACAGCACUGCUUUCUUCAGCAGUCACAUCAACACACAUAUAACCAUGGUACCCUAACCAUCUGUCCUGGAGUACGGCAAACGCUAAUGAGGGAGGUGACAUUCAUGCUGGAGAGCAAAGUAAAGAGAAAUGGACGGUCAUGAAUUCGUAUUACAUCCACUAAAUUAUCAUUAAAUUUACCACUGAGUGCCUAACAAAGGGUAUGAAACAAAUAAUCCUUUCAUGGUUGGAAAAUGGUCACAAAGACACUGAAAUAGACGAUGUGUACUAUGAGUAUUGGGCAAGGUGAAGGUUCUUGGUGGCUAUGUGUAGUUAGUAUUCAAAUUCUAUCUGAAUCGUCAAUAUUCUUUACCGGUAGAUUUAACUGUAAAAGGUCGAUGAACGAUGAUACCAGCAGUCGUCUGUGGGGUUAAGACGGUGGUUCACAGGGACUUACAAAAGGAACCGUUAAUUCUAUAACCCUGCAUAAUCAAGGUAAGCGGC